UUUUCUUCUUCAACACUUAUCACUAGCUACUAGCUAGCACGUUCAAAACUCAGUAACAUAUACAUUUGGUCAUGGACUGGUGUUCAUGGCUCUCCAAAACUAGCCUGGAGCCUUCUCUUGUUCAUGAAUAUGCCCUUACUUUUGCACACAAUGAACUUGUUCAAGACGACAUAGUUUAUUUCAACCACGAAUUUCUGCAGAGCAUGGGCAUAAAUAUAGCCAAGCAUAGGCAAGAAAUAAUUAAGCUUGCAAAGAAGGAGAAGAAGAGUAGAAGUUCAAGAAAUCACAUGUUAGGUUUAAUAGUAGCCAUCAAGCAAGCAAAGAAGCUACUUCCUGAGCGCCUGAAAAUGUGGACAUGUCGACAAGAUUCAAUUAGUAAUUUUGCCGUUGCGCCGUUGAGAAAUUACAGUACAAGAUGGAAGGCAGCUAUGUUGAAGAGGAACACUAAGUUGGCCACUGCUAAACAAGAAACUCCAAGAGUUGUGCACAAUGAAGGAAUGUUGAAGAGAUUAAAGGGUAUGCAAUGUUUCAAGACUUGAGUACCUUCCAUUGAACAUUUUAAUAUAGAUCUCUAGCUACUUCAAUUGAAAUAUAAUUGAUCCUCGUCUUCUUCCAUCUUCUUCAGAUGCUUUCAGAUUCUUUACUCUAAUGACGUUUGUUGUCCUGGAUUAACUGCUUGUCCUAAUGCUUUCAAAUUCUUAGGGGUCACUUGGUUGUUGGUUAGGAAGGAGUUAAUUAUGUAUUAAAACAAGCAUAACUAGUACUUCACCAUGUUUGGUAGAUUUUUAGUUGUCUUAUCAAAUAAAUAGGAAUGGUAGA